UGGCGCAGACGGUGGGAGACCAGUGGAGGAGCAGAGACGGCCGGUUUGAGGCGUUUUAAGAAGAUGUUGGGGAGAACAACAGGAGGCAGGUGUCUGCAGAAGCGGCGGCAUAGCGUCAUCGCCGCCCCACCAUCCCACCUCGCCGGAGCCCCCUCUUCCACCGUCGCCACGUCGUAUUUCUUUUCUAUCCUCCUUCUUCUUCUUCUCCUUCCUCUCUUCUCUCCUCCGAUCCUCCAUCCGUUUUUGAUAUUGCUUUUUUUGUGAUACCACCUCUUGCAUUCACAAUGUCUUCUUCUCUCGAACAGCUCAAGGCCGCUGGCACCGUCGUCGUUUGCGACUCUGGUGACUUUGCCACCAUUGGCAAGUACAAGCCCCAGGAUGCCACCACCAACCCCUCCCUGAUCCUCGCGGCUUCCAAGAAGCCCGAGUACGCCGCUCUCAUCGACGAGGCCGUUGCCUACGGCAAGAAGCAGACUGGUUCCCUUGACGCCCAGGUCGACGCCACCCUUGACCGUCUCCUGGUUGAGUUCGGCAAGAAGAUCCUUGAGAUCGUCCCCGGAAAGGUCUCGACCGAGGUCGAUGCUCGCUUCUCUUUCGACACCCAGGCCUCGAUUGACAAGGCUCUCCGCAUCAUCCAGCUCUACAAGGAAAUCGGUAUCCCUAAGGAGCGCAUCCUGAUCAAGAUUGCCUCCACCUGGGAGGGUAUCAAGGCCGCCGAGGUCCUCCAGAGAGACCACGGCAUCAACACCAACCUGACCCUCAUGUUCUCCAGCGUCCAGGCCAUCGCCGCCGCCGAGGCCGGUGCUUUCCUCAUCUCUCCCUUCGUUGGUCGUAUCCUUGACUGGUACAAGGCCGCCCACAAGCGCGACUUCGCUCCCCAGGAGGACCCCGGUGUCAAGUCCGUGGAGAGCAUCUUCAACUACUACAAGAAGCACGGCUACAAGACCAUCGUCAUGGGUGCUUCCUUCCGUAACGUUGGAGAGAUCACCGAGCUGGCUGGCUGCGACUACCUGACCAUCUCGCCCAACCUCCUUGAGGACCUCCACAACUCGACCGAGGCCGUCCCCAAGAAGCUGGACUCCGCCAACGCCGUCAACCAGGACAUCCCCAAGCGCAGCUACAUCAACGACGAGGCUCUGUUCCGCUUCGAGUUCAACGAGGAGGCCAUGGCCACGGAGAAGCUCCGCGAGGGUAUCUCCAAGUUCGCCGCCGACGCCGUCACCCUCAAGGACAUCCUGAAGGCGAAGAUCCAGGCGUAA